UCUCGAUUUCCAUGGACAACACCACCUCACAUUUAGACAUACAACUUCCUCCAGGGUUCCGGUUUCACCCCACUGACGAAGAACUUAUCGUUCACUAUUUGCAGAAGAAAGUUACUUCAACCACCCUCCCGGCGUCUAUCUUUGCUGAAAUCGAGCUUUACAAGUACGACCCAUGGGAGCUUCCAUAUAAAGCUUUGUUUGGAGAAGAUGAAUGGUAUUUCUUCACUCCGAGAGAUAGAAAGUAUCCUAACGGAGUGAGGCCGAAUAGAAUGGCGGGGUCGGGGUACUGGAAGGCAACAGGAACCGAUAGACCUAUUUUGGGAUUAUGUAACGAGAAUAUCGUCGGGGUGAAGAAAGCUUUGGUGUUUUAUAAAGGAAGACCUCCAAGAGGGGAUAAGACAGACUGGAUCAUGCAUGAAUACAGAUUGCUUGAUUCAGUUGCUUGCAGUUCAAGCAAGCCGAAAGAAUCGAUGAGGUUGGACGAUUGGGUACUUUGUCGAGUGAGACAGAAAACUUGUACCCCAAGAAACUUGUACCAAGAUAGAUAUCGUCAACGUGUUCCAGAACCAGAAAAGUCAACGGUCAUUCCUACGGACAUAAACUCAAAUCUCGACAUCUUAAAGAGGGAAAACCUAUUCAAAGAUUGUCCCAUGUUACCUUUCAUAUUCGAUUCUCACUUGGAUUUCUCUUCCAUCGACACUAUGUCUUCAAGCGUCAGUUUUUCAGACAGUAAAAACUCGUUUGAAGGUCCAUAUAACGAUAAUAGAAAGCGCAAAGAAACAAGUCAAUACAAGGGUUUUAUCGAGUGUAACAAGAAGUUUAAAGCCACGAGAGAUCAAAAUGACGAAAGCGGGUCUUUAACAGUCGAUACAAACGAGAUGAGUUUGUACAACUGUAUUGAAUCUGAGAUGGGUAUCGCUUAUCAGACUUAUAUGAUGGCUUAUCAAGAUCUUAAUCACCUGACCUUCAUGUAAGGUGACGAAGUGGCUCGAAGAAGAAGAACAAUAUAAGGUUAUGGAUGAACAAAACAAGUACUUGUACAUGAGUGUGAAUAUAAAAGCUACGGUUGCUCCCCGAGCAGUUCCUGUAAAAAUUUUGCUCUGAGAGCAACCGUUGCUAGUUUGAUGAUAAAAUGCUUUUUAAUGUAAAACACAUGUAAAUAUUACUACUUAUUAAAGGUUGCCCUCAGGAAUGUAAUAGGCCAACGAUGCAAAUAAGUGGAAACGAUAUAUGUUAUU